AUGGAGCGUCAGCCGCAGAGCAGCCACGAUGCCUAUGACGACGCGGAUGCAGCCGUCGCCGGCUUCCUCAAGCUGGGGGUCGACGAGGAGCGGGAAGAAGCGCACGAGGUGAAGCCCGCGGAGAUCUCGCUUCCCGGAGAGGGGGGAGAGGAGCAGAAGGCUCAGUCCGAACCCGAGCUGGGAGCAGCCGCGGAAGGGAAAGAGGCGGGAGACGAAGGAGAAGGAAAGGAAGGCUGCGAUGUCAGCGUCGGAGCCGCCGGCCCCGCGGACGGCGAAAGCCGCGAGGCCGAGGCCGAGGCUGAGGCGAGUGGCGGCGAAGGCGGAGAGCAGGGCGGCGAGGAGCAGCCCCCGCGGGCCGCCGUCGAGGGUCCCGAGGCCGCAGAGGGGCAGCAGCAGGUCCCCCACGCCAGGUUCACGCGGGUGCAGCUGCAGGACCUGGAGCGCGUUUUCCAGCGUACUCAGUACCCCAACGAGCGCACGCGACAGGAGCUUACAAGGCGCAUGGGUGUGACUGAAGCCAAAGUGAAGGGUUGGUUUAAGAAUAGAAGGGCCAAAUGGAGGAGAAAUCAGAGGGCACUAAUGUUCAGAAACGUGCCCCCCGGUCCCCCCAGGCCCCCCAGGCCCCCCGGGCCCCCGGCCCCCCCUGUUGCCGUCUGUUUGUGUGAACCCUGCUUUGACAUCCUGCUUCAGGAGCUGAAUUGGAUCUGCGUUCUUCUGGAGCCACUGCCGCCGGGGCUCCCCGGGCUGCCCAUGCCGCCCAUGCAGCCCGGGCUGCCCAUGCCGCCCAUGCGGCCCAUGCCACCCCUGCAGCCCAUGUGGCCCAUGCCACCCAUGCUGCCCGUGCCACCCGUGCUGCCCAUGUGGCCCGUGCCCCCCAUGCCGCCCAUGCUGCCCAUGCGACCCAUGCCUCCCAUGCCGCCCAUGUGGCCCGUGCUGCCCGUGCCACCCAUGCCACCCAUGCCGCCCAUGCCGCCCUUUCCUCCUAUGCUGUUGCCUCCUCCGCCCUGGCUUCUUCCACCCUUGCUUCCCUGUAGGUGCCCUCAUGCAUCACGGCCUGGUCCCUUAUCAUCGGUGGUCCUUCGGUAG